CGAGAUCUAUAGAAUGUUAUCUUGAUAAGAUUGUAUAAUAAAAUUAUAGAUUUUUUAUAUCAGACAGCUAUUAAUUAGAUAUUUAUAUUUAUUUUUUUUAAUAUUUAUAUUUAUCUUUUUUUUCCUGAACUUGUAUAUAUAUCCCACUCUUGCAUGGUAAUUAUAAGAAAGGAAAUAUUUCUCCAAACCUUUACAUGGUAUCAGAGCGCUGGAGAGAGAGAGAGGAUAGGGGAAGCCCUAACCCUAACCCCUUUUUAUCCUACCCAACCUCCUCUUCGAUCAGAUUAAUUCCACACCUCAAAUCUUCCAUCACUUCGAGUUUUCAGCCGGAUCUUGUCCCAGUUGAUCGAUCCAGGGCCCUGUGCCGUUUUUCAGCCGGAUUCUUUCCCAGUUGAUUGAUCCAGGGCCCUGUGCCAUUCGAAUUCUGGUUCUCUCUAUCAGAGGAUGUGCGUUUCUUCGUUCUCUUCUUAAUUUCGCCGAUCGGAGCGCUGGUUUUGGGAAUCUUUGAAUCCACUGUGGACUUCGGCGAUUCUCUGUUAGCGAUGGCAAUUCGUUGAGCACGGGAUCUUAUCACUCCUCCAGCUGAAUUCCUUUGAUCGCAGGCCCCUUUUGUUUCCCCCUUAUUGCAGAAGCCUCCCUUCUCUUGUAGUGGUUGGUGGCGAUCGGCAAUAUCAGGGACUUUACUGUGGAUUGUUGUUCUUUGCUGGUUGGAUCUCUAUUCUAGAAUAAUAUCAGGCCUAUUUUCUUUUUAAUCUUUGGCUUUUCAAAUUUAGUUUGCUGCAUAAUUAUGAAAAACUCGAGUUCUUCUACUUCGCAUCAGCAUCAGAGUCAAGAUGCCACUUCACCUUAUUAUUUGACAUCUUUUGAUAAUCCUAGAACAAUUUUGGUGUCUUUUUGCUCAAAGGUGAACAAAAUUACCCCACAUGGCUGCGAGCUAUGAUCAACGCAUUGCGCGCCAAGAACAAGUAUGCUUUUAUCUCUAAAAGUGUUGGAUAACCGUCUGAUGAUAGUUCUGAUCUCGAGUCAUGGAUGAAGUGUAAUGCCCUGAUUAUAUCCUGGCUUUUAAAUUCCUUGGCUCCUGAGUUACGUGAUAGUGUAGCUUACUUUGAGAAUGCAAGAGAUAUGUGGCUCGAUUUAGAAGAGUGGUUCUCUCAAGGCAAUGCUCCACGCAUUCAUGAACUCAAGAGAGAGAGAUCGUGCUUUGCAGUCAAAAAGGACUAAGCAUUGCUGCUUACUACACAAGGUUGAAAGGAUUUUGGAAAGAGCUUGCUACAUACUCUGUUGUGCCUCAGUGUUCGUGUGGAGUAGCAAGAGAUUUUGUCACUGAGCGAGACAAUGAGAAGGUCCAUCAAUUGCUUAUGGGACUUGAUGAUUGUUAUGGAGUGGUGCGAUCGCAGAUUCUCAGCACUGAACCCCUCCCUAGCCUUAAUAAGGCAUAUGCAUUGGUAUCCCGAGAGGAGGAGGAGCAGAGCUUGGUUGCUAAUCGAUCCUCUAUGACUGACGCAGCUGCCUUUAUUGUGAAGAAUUCUUGCAAUAAUAAGCAAAUUUCUGCAAAAUCUGGAGGACAACGAACCAAGUGUGACAAUUGUGGUAAGUUGGUUCAUCGAAAAGAAACAUGUUUUGAACUUAUUGGCUACCCUGCAGAUUGGAGGUCCAAGGGGAGAUCUUUGAAAGGGCACAAGAAUUCUGAUGCAAUAGCUAACAAUGCCUCCUCGGGUCCUCUUUCUUCAUCCACUGAAACACAUGAAUCAUCACCUAUCACUGGUCUUACACGGGAACAAAAUGAUCAGUUGAUGUCCCUCCUAUCUAUUUCUAAGUCUUCCAUAGUCAACUUUGUUGGGCCUAGCCACGAAGAGGCUCAUUGGAAUGGGUGAGAUGAAAGAUGGCUUAUAUCACUUCAGGAAAGUUUGCAUUCUUUUUGCCGCAGCUACCAUUUCUUCACCUAAUUUAAGGCAUCAGCAUUUAGGUCAUGUUUUUUUUGAUACAUAGUCUUUGAUUUCUCAAAUUCCUAAUUUGUCCUUUAGAGAUUUUAAUAAGUGUUGUGAUGUUUGCCACCAUGCAAAGCAAACAAGAAAUAUGUUUCUUCUAAGUUUUAAUAAAUCAAGUAGACCCUUUACUCUUAUUGAUUGUGAUAUUUGGGGGCCAUACAGAACUGCUUCCCGGUCCUGUGGUCGAUUCUUGUUAACUCUUGUUAAUGAUUUCUCACGAGCAACUU